AUGCCGGACGCCGCGAGCAAGUACGCCGCGGCCCUCCAUGAGCAGGAGGACCGCCCUGUGAAGGUGUGCAAAGAGGCGGGCCGGAAGUGCGUGCGCUGCAUCAGCCAGCAGCCGGUCCUCUCGCUGGAGUGGCUGGCUCUGGUCGACCAUCUGCUGCAACUGACGAGGCUGAUGCAGCUCGAGGCCCGCAUGCCCGCCGACACCAAGGUGGCGGACGUCCAGGGUCGCAACAGCGAGUCCGUGGGCACGCUGUGGGACCAGGAGGUCCACGAGAAUGCCAUCCGCAUCCUGGUGGAGGAGGCGAAGGUGACCCUCUGCCUCAGGAUGAUCCACGAUUAUAAGAAGUGGCACUACGACGUGACAAACAGGCAAGCCGACCUCAUGCAAGGCGUGAUCAGUUGCGGCUGGGACGAGCGGCAAUUGCGGCAGAAGUGCGACCAGUAUGAGGAGUGCCUCGGGAUCCUCCUCAUGCGGGCCUUCCAGCACCGCGAGACCCUGCAGCUGAUCGACCUGCCGCUGCUGAUCGAGCAUGUGGCCCUCGUGCUGGACCCUGUUCUGCGCGUGCAGGCGGACGUCGACCUGUUGGCCAGCGGCAUGCUGGUAAGGCAGGAGUUCAUCGUGCUGUAUUAUUUCGCCUCGCUGAUGAAGCAUGCGGAGGCUCUCAACAACACGGAGCUGCUCGCCCGGACGAAGGACCACCAGCUGCUGCGAUUGGUUAUCAGGCACUGCGUUUCGUGGGGCGCGCACUACGACGCAACACUCGCCAUGGCGGUGGCCGAGGGGCUGGCAUGCCUAGCGGACAACGAGGCCUGGUUCAAGAAACAGAACAUCUGCGCCAGACGUGGGCGAGCCCCACAGGUGCAGCGGUGA